GUGACCUAGACACCGAUGGUCAUUCUGGUCAUUCAGCAGAAACAACGAAGCAUAGAAGAGCGAAGUCAUCAUCUUAAAUUUCGCAAAUUUUCGUCUAUUCUGGUGGAUUUUAAUAUUAGAUUUUUCAAAUUCUAUAAGCCAAUACUUUUAUCUGGCUUUCCCGUACACACACACACUGGUUGUCACCGCGUUAACCUCAUCGAGAUGGACAGUAGUAAAGGAAGUGAUGAGGUGGCACCUAACCAGUGUCGGAAUGGCUGUGGGUUCUACGGUAGUGCUGCCACAGAGGGAAUGUGCUCUAAAUGUUUCAAGGACUACCAGAGGAAAAAGCAGAAUUCACCAGUGCAACCCCUGGGCCAUCAGACGCAUCAAGCUAGCAACUUAUCGUUUCAAGGUUUCCACGGCAAGGAAAAUGAAGCAGCCUCAUCCAGUCUCAUCCGCGCCAGCAACACAGACGCCAGCUCCCUUAUUACCACCACUACCACCCAUACAACAACCACAACCGCCCUUAGCAGUGCAGCCAGCAAUGCUAACGAGAGAGUCAGCGCACCGGAGGUAGAGGGCGCUACAGCAAAGAGUUCCCUCGAUGAGGCGGAGUUGCCAUCAUGUCCGUCACCCAGCACCUCCUGCUCGGAUUCCCCUAGCGGGUCCGACAGUCCGGAUAAAGGCAAGAAGAAAAAGAACCGAUGUGCAAGUUGCCGUAAGAAAGUGGGCCUUACAGGUUUUGAAUGUCGGUGUGGGGGCCUCUUCUGCAGUAUACACCGCUACUCGGACAAACACGAAUGUCAAUUUGAUUACCGGUUGCACGGCCAGGAGGAAAUCAGGAAGAACAAUCCUGUCAUUGUCGGUGAAAAAAUCCAGAAAUUGUAAUCUGUGCAGAUAUAUGUAUAUUAUAGAUUAACACAGUAUAUCCCCUCCGCUGCGCGCAAGGCGCGGCAUUUUUUUGAUAGAUCACAAAAAAAAAGGCGGAUCUCGUCGCAGGGAAACACCCCUCUCUCCAUUGCAGAAUUUCAUUCUUAUCUUUGUCAUUUUUAAUCAUCUUAUAUCAUCAUCAUUUACCGCCAGCACCAAAUCUUCGUGUAGUUUUCAAGCAGAAGAAAAAAAUCCGAAGUCAUUUAAGCCGAGUGUCUCUACCUUGCUGCAAUGUAAUGAUUUGAGUAGCUGCUGUUGGCAGUUAGACUAGACUUCUUGUACAGAAAAGAAAAAUACUUAGAAAUAUCUGUGAUUCAUCUUCAGUUUUGUCAGUCAGUCGGUCGGUGUAUGCAAUGCUUGAGCAUUAGGUCCGAACACACAUGUAAACCUGCAUUCGCAGCAAAUCAUUUGCACUUCGCAGGCAUGACAUUUUUCAGAUUUUUAGUCUGAAAUCGGACUUUUUGAAUCUGAGAGAAAGACAUCAUCAGUGUAGAAGAAAAAAAUGCAUCUUUCAGACCUUUUAUCCAAUUUGCAGACUUUUCUAACUAACCCUAACCUCCCCAACUCUGUCAAAAUCCAUUCCCACAAUUUUGGUGGAUUUGGGGGGAAUUCGUCCUGCAGGCCUUGUUCGCCUAAAUAUUGAUGGAGUAUGAUAAUAAUACCGGCGUCUUACAUAGCGCAGGUAUCUACCAACAAUUAGGUACUCAAGGCGCUGGAAAUUAUGUCUAUUAUUAAAGACAGGUAAAUGAAAUUUAUGAGAAAUAUGAGACCCAUUAUGUAGCACCUUGUAAGGGUUUACAAG